AUGGCCUCUCAUAUCAUUUGCUAUAUUUUCUGCAUUAUCAAGCUUUCAUGUGCUCAUGUUUGUCUCAUGUCUUUCGGUUCGUCAUAUCGUGUAGGAGUUCAUAUCACACAUGAAAAAGUUGCAGCAUGCCCGCGACAAAACCAAAGGUUAUAUUCUUGUGAUAGCCUGAGAAUCUUAUACCACUAUUCUUGUCUAACCACCAGAGAUUUAUUGUAUAUAUGCGAUUGCUCGGAUUUUGAAAACAUAAUAUGUCUUAUCCGGCUACUACUAAAUCUAGAUUUUGUAGAGGUUAAGUUAGUUUGAUAGAGAAUUUCUUUAAUGUCUGGUUAAAAUGUAUGGAUAGAGACAUGCAUAUAGAAUGAUCAGGCUUAACCUCUAGUGAAUUCUCCAUCAUCCAAAUAAAAAAGACAAAGUAUCUUCGCACGUUGUUCAAUUGUUGUUAUUUGAACCAAAGGGGAUACAUUUUUAGACAGAAGUUGACACUCUAGGCAUCUUUUCCAACGUCACAUUACUAUAGCAAUUCUAUGUGUUCUUUUUUUCUUUACUUUAAAAAAAAUUGUUUACAAAAUAUUCUAAGCUCUUUGGUGCAUUUAAUUUCUAGAUCCGGAGGUAGUCUUUCGUAA